AUGUCUCAAUUAUGCGCGAACGAAAAAUGCAUGCGAACAUCACGUUGGCUGUGCGAUUGUUGCCAGCAAUAUCUUUGUUUACAACAUUUAAAUGAACAUAAUGCCUUACUUAUUUCUACACUGAAUUCUCUGAAUGAUGAAAUUAAUGUACUUGAAAAUCGUCUCGAAACAUUAAAUAUUGAUAAAGCAAUGGUGAAUAGUCGUGAAAAACUUGAACAAUGGCGUCAAGAUUGUUAUAAGAAGAUUGAUUGUUUAUUUAAACAAAAAUGUCAAGAACUUGAUCUUGUUAAUGAAGCAAUCGACCAACAGCGAGAAGAACUUAAUCGAAUACGAUUGAAGAUACCUGAACUCAUUAAUACACAAGAAACAACUCGUGAAGAUAUCGAUUUUUUAACAUCAAGUAUUCGUCAGCUUGAAAAAAAUAUGCACAGUAUUGAACAAGGAUGUUUGACGAUUAAUACUCGUCCAUUAGUAAUAGAUGAUAUAUUCAUUUCAGUAGAGCAUCCAGCUGAACAGGAACUUGAUCUAUCAACUCUUUCACCUGUCAACAAAAUAAUUCAUCGUUCUGAAGGAAGUUAUCGACCAUUUACUGUUAAUGAUCGAUACUUAUUGAUGCAUCAACAGCCCAAUUUAUGUUUGUUUGAUACAGAAAUGAACAUAGUUAAACAAACACCAUGGUCAUACGAUGCAAUUCAGGACAUGUGUUGGUCGUCAACAUUAGACCGAUUUAUUGUACUUGGAAAAAAUAGUAUUUAUCUUAUUAACGAAAAUACAAUGUCAAUUAAUAACGUGUACACAAUGGAAGAGCGACAUUGGCUAUCGUGUACAUGUUCUGAUAUCGUUCUUUUCGCAUGUACAAAUGGACGUGCAUCAUCUAUUAUGGAAUUUACAUUAUUUCCAACAAUUGAAUUGAUUCGCGAAUGGAAACAUCCUCUGACAUGCACUAAACAUGAAUUUAUUGUUAGUACUUUUUACAAUAACGAAAAUCUAGCUCUGAUGGUUGUGAAUGUUUUGGAUAAAUCGCUGCGAAUGGAAUUAAGAUAUUCAAAGACGCUCGAUCGUAUCUGGACACUACAACUUGAUAUUAGUUGGGCUCAAAAGCUGGCAUUUCGCUGUUGUUCACUUUCUUGUAAUGAAUGGCUUAUUGUUGACCAUGAGACUGGUCGCCUGCUUCAGAUUACAAAAGAUGGGAAACUACCAAAAAAUAGUGAAUCAGCAGUUAUGGCAGCAUCAACAUUUGUUUAA